CGAACGUCAAACGACAGCAGGCCUUUUUCAAACUUCCGUGUGGCUGCGAUAGAACGCAUUGUUGCGAGUAUGGCUCCGUCACGAAAGAACAAAGUUGUGAAGGAGGAAGUGCAGGUGUCCCUAGGGCCACAGGUACGGGAUGGUGAAAUCGUUUUUGGCGUGGCCCACAUCUACGCCAGCUUUAACGAUACUUUUGUCCACGUAACGGAUCUGUCGGGAAAGGAAACGAUUUCCCGGGUGACCGGUGGUAUGAAGGUGAAGGCCGAUCGUGACGAAGCCUCACCCUACGCCGCUAUGCUGGCCGCUCAGGAUGUAGCUGAAAAGUGUAAAUCGCUCGGCAUAACCGCGCUGCACAUCAAGUUGCGUGCUACAGGUGGUAAUCGAACGAAAACCCCUGGUCCUGGAGCACAGUCGGCUUUACGUGCGUUGGCUCGUUCGUCGAUGAAGAUUGGACGCAUCGAAGACGUUACUCCAAUCCCGUCUGAUUCCACCCGUCGGAAGGGCGGUCGUCGUGGUCGCCGACUGUAAGACCUGUGCAUACCUUUACCCUUUCCUCGGGUUUCAUGUGAAUCUUUACUUGAUCGUGAUCACUUAGCGUGUGCACUGCAGUCUAAUAAAACCGUGAUUAGUUACACACAAAGCUGGUUGUUUCGUUCUCAGUUUUAGGUUACACGCUAUCAAGAAUCAUGUUUCAGUGAAAGUGAUGGUGAAGAAUGCAAUGCAAGAAAUCGCAGAAGGCAAUAUCAAAUACCAAUCAACAAUCAAUCAAUCAAUCAUCGAUCAGUCUUGUCUAAUGCUAAUGCCUCCAAGUCUUUUUCUAAUAUUAAUCGCAAAAUUUUGUUUUCUGCCAAUCAAUUGCAUGCGAUACGGUCGAUACAAAGUUCGUCAACCCUAGACCUUAUUGUAAAGUGCAUGUUUAACGCUCCACUUAGUUUAGGUUUCUGGUACUUUUGGCCGUAAGUUAAUUUGAACCGCGAAAAUAAGUAUUUAUCUACACCCACACCAUGUCUUAGCAA